AUGGCUAGUAAUCAAGCAUCCGUCAAAUCGACCAAAUUAUCGGUCAAAAAUUUCAAACCCAAAGUACGAUUACCGGAUGCCGGCAAAGAGGAAUGGUGGAACCAAUUACGCGAAGCUGUGCGCGCAAUCCACAAUCGUUGUCCCAUUUCGUACAAUCGUGAGGAUUUGCAUAAAGCAGUUGGACAUAUGUGCACACACUCGCUAUCUCCUCGAUUAUACAACGAAUUGAAAAUUCAGUGUGAAGAAUACACUAAAGCAAGUCUUCAUCAGUUGAUAGAUGAUUUUAUGGAUGAAAUGGCAUAUUUGAUAAAAUUGAACUCACUUUGGAAAGAUCAUUGCAAUCAAAUGAUUAUGAUUCGUGGAAUUUAUCUCACUUUGGAUCGUACCUAUGUCAUGCAAAAUCCUUUAGUAUUAUCGCUAUGGGAUAUGGGAUUGGAGCUAUUUCGAAAAUUUAUUGUUAGCGAACAAACAGUCGAAAAGAAAACUAUUGACGGACUCCUGUCUUUAAUUUCUCGUGAAAGGAAUGGCGAGACUAUUAACAAGAGCCUAAUUAAAAGUCUUUUACGAAUGUUAAGUGAACUCCAGAUGUAUCAAUAUCAUUUUGAAAACAAAUUUCUACAAGUUACGGAGUCGCUAUACGCUACCGAAGGCCAAAAUUUUUCCCAAUCGCUAGAGAUUCCCGAUUAUCUUAGUUUCGUUGAUAAACGAAUAAAAGAAGAGAGUGAACGAUGUUUACAUUAUUUGGAACAUAGUACAAAAAAACCGUUGCUUACUUCCGUUGAAAAGCAAUUAAUUGAAUAUCGAAAAGAAAUGAUUAUAAAUAAGGGUAAGACCGAACUACUUGAUACUAAUCGGCUUGAUAAGCUAAAAUUGAUGUAUAGCCUACUAGCUAGAGUAAAUGGAGGAUUAGAUGAACUAUGUAAAAGAUUUAGUUUAUAUAUUCAGGAACGAGGAACUUCAAUGGUAAUGGAUACUGAGCGUGAUAAAACUAUGGUUACUGAACUAUUGGAUUUUAAAUCGAAAUUAGAUUCGGUGAUAGAACUAUCAUUUGACCAUAAUCCAAAGUUUAUUAACACUGAAAAGGAUUCCUUUGAGACUUUCAUAAAUAGGAGAACCAAUAAACCAGCGGAGUUAAUUGCAAAGUAUAUUGAUAUGAAAUUGCGAGCUGGUAAUAAGGAAGCAACGGAUGAAGAAUUAGAUAAAAUUCUUGAUAAAAUUAUGGUGAUGUUCAGGUUUAUUCAAGGUAAAGAUGUUUUCGAAGCAUUUUAUAAGAAAGAUUUAGCCAAAAGAUUACUAGUUGGCCGAAGUGCUUCUGUCGAUGCGGAAAUGUCGAUGCUGCUUAAGUUAAAACAGGAAUGUGGCGCUGGAUUUACUAGUAAGCUAGAAGGGAUGUUUAAAGAUAUUGAACAUUCGAAAGAAUUGAUGCCACAUUACAAGCAGUACUUAAAUAAUCAGAAAAUUGGCCAUAACUUGGAUAUGACAGUCAAUGUUUUAAUGACAAGCAAUUGGCCAACGUAUCAUCCAAUGGACGUUAUUCUGCCUGAGUACAUGAUUUCUUAUCAAAAGCAUUUUCAGCAAUUUUAUUUGUCCAAGCACAGUGGUCGUAAAUUGCAAUGGAUUAGUACGUUAGGACAUUGCGUUGUCGCAGCUAAUUUUCCUCUGGGAAAGAAAGAUAUUGUAGUGUCACUUUUACAAACUCUGGUACUGCUACAAUUUAAUAAAGAAGAUGAAAUCUCCUUCUUAGACUUAAAACAACGUACAGGCAUCGAUGACGCAGAUAUGCGACGUACUUUACAAUCUUUAGCUUGUGGAAAAGUUAGAGUCCUUCACAAAAAGCCCAAGGGUAAAGAAGUUGAAGAUAACGAUGUGUUCGCUUAUGUGUCAGAUUUUAAGCAUAAACAAUUUCACAUCAAAAUUAAUCAAGUGCAGAUGAAAGAAACAUUGGAAGAAAAUAUUAAUACGACCGAGCGUGUAUUUCAAGAUAGGCAGUAUCAGAUUGAUGCUGCGAUUGUGCGUAUUAUGAAAACUCGUAAAACUCUCAGUCAUGCUUUGUUGGUCACAGCGGUUUAUGAACAGUUGAAAUUCCCCAUUAAACCGUCGGAUUUAAAGAAAAGAAUAGAAAGUCUUAUUGAACGUGAUUACAUGGAACGUGACGAAGAUGACGCAUAUCAGUAUCACUACGUAGCUUAA